AUGGAAACAUUCAACCUAUUGCAGCUUCGUCGCCAAUUGAAUGUGAAAUGUGAUUCUGUCAAAAAGGACAUUUGCUCUGCGUACACUAAAUUCAAACCGAAACAAUCAGAAGUUCAAAAGUUUUAUCCGCGUGUUGACACGACAUGGCCCGACCUUGAUCCCAUGACGUGUUCCACUGACCUCCCCCCCCCCCCCCUUUUCAGAAGUCUCGUGGAUCCAGAGAUCCAGAGACAAUCAGUCCCAACAUCGAACACCAGAACAACAACCGCCUCCAGCAUUCACCUGUCUUCUGAUGCCUGCCUGCCUUCUACGCUUCGUCGUCAACUGAAUGUGGUAUGUGACGCUGUCAAAAAAGACAUUUGCUCUGCGUACACUGCUGUUCUUAACGAUAAUAAGGCAAUUGUUAUCAGUUUUAGAGGAACUCAAGGAUUCCUUCAAUUGAUUGAGGAAGCCGAUAAAUCUGUCUUCCAAUCUCAAUCUCCAUGGGUUGCCGGUGGGAAAGUAUCCAAAUAUUUCGGAGAUGCAUUCAACACAUUGUGGAAUGCUGGAAUGAAAGAUGAUGUUUCCUCUCUUCUUCACAAGAAUCCAACUUUCGAAGUUUGGGUGACUGGGCACUCUUUGGGAGGAGCCAUGGCUUCUCUUGCUGCUUCUUAUAUUGUUAAAAAUGGAAUUGCCACUGGAGACAAAGUAAAAUUGGUCACUUAUGGACAACCAAGAACUGGAACUACUCCGUUUGCAGUUGCUCAUGAUGCUCAAAUGGCCUAUUCGUACAGAGUGACACACAACAGAGAUAUUGUUCCUCAUAUUCCAAAUGAGGGAAUGGAAGACUACAAACAUCACAAGUCUGAAGUUUUCUAUAAAGAGUCCAUGAACCCUGGAGCAUCAUACAAAGUUUGCUCAUCGGCUGACGAGAGUAACGAUUGCUCGAAUGGACUGUUGAUCACUGCUUCCGUCUCCGACCAUCUCACUUAUUUCACCAAAGACGUUUCACAAUGGGGAGAAGCUGGGUGCAACUAA